AUGAAAAUUCAGUUAUGCGCGAAAACAUGUGCACUCCUAUUUUUGAUAAAUUCUAUUAACUCCCAACAACCUCAACUUAUUUCUUACUCUGCUGUACCCGUCAAAGAGGUAAAACAGGACAGUCUCACUUUACCGCAACAUGAGUUGAUCACUUUUUACCUUUUCGGCGACAAUAUGCAGAUGGUUGAUAAAAUUGCAUUCGCAUUUAAAAGUGGAAGCAAAGGUGCCCACUGUGAAGAUGACAAGUAUGAUCUCCUGCUCGAUUUCGAAAAAGUUGACGACCGGUCGAUUAAAGCUUAUUGUCCCCGAAAUCACUCCUACUAUAAUGGUGAAAUUUACAUUUGCUUUAAACAUGACAAUGGCAACGGGACAUCAGUAUGGACUCAUCAACCAACUACUCACCCAUAUUCUUUUGUUUUCUCCACCUUUUUCAUUUGUCUUCUGGGGCCGCUGCCGUGGGUCUUACUCGUGUUUCUCCUCUGCUGUUCCGCUUUAUUUAGUGGUCUUAAUCUAGGAAUUAUGACUCUCGAUGUCAUGUUCUUAGAAAUACUGAUAGAGGCCGGGACUGAUACUGAAAAGAAAAUGGCGGCGGCAGUCCUUCCUGUGCGUCGUCAUGGAAAUCUAAUUAUCUGCAGUUUGACUUUAGCAAACGUAAUUGUUAAUGUAAUCAUUUCACUGCUCUCUGAUAAACUUAUCGGUGGGACAGCAAUGGCAAUCUUUUUUGCGUCGGCGGGAAUAUUACUUUUUGGGGAAAUUUUACCCCAGGCUGCUUGCAAUCGGUUUAGCCUUAUUAUUUCCUAUCAUACCAUAUUUUUCACGAAACUGAUAAUACUUCUUACCUUUCCCAUCGGUUUUCCGAUCAGUUUGGCACUGGAUAAACUACUAGGUGAAGACAUGGGUAGAACUAUGAAUAAAUCCAAAUUGGCGGAGCUGAUUAAACGGCAUGAGCAUCUGGGCUUCGUCCACAAGGAUGAGCUAAAUAUAAUAACAGGCGCACUAAAUAUGGAUCAGCGUACGGCAAAGGGCAUUAUGACACCUAUCGAUAAUGUCUACAUGCUACCCUACAACGCAUUGUUGAACUUUGAAACCACAAACGACAUAAUCUCCCAUGGAUUUACGCGAAUUCCAAUUUAUAAGGAUGACAGGAGAAAUGUCACUUCUGUACUAAAUGUUAAAGACCUUGCCUUUGUAGACCCGAAGGAAAAACUCUCAGUAUCGACUAUUUGCAACUUUUACAAUCGUCCAUUCAUAUAUGCUGGAGCAAGCACGACUUUAAAGUCCCUUUUCGACAUGUUUCGUAAAGAGUCCACCCACUUCGCUGUUGUUUACGAGGAAGAGGGAUCCGAGCAUCAGACGGUGGUGGGCAUCGUGACGAUGGAGGAUGUAAUCGAAGAAAUCCUUCAGGAGGAAAUAUUUGACGAAACUGACAUUAUAAGUAAGGUUUCCCCGUAG